AUGUCAUUGAGCGAUCAUCCCAAGGCCUAUGGCACGGCAGCCAUUGCCGUUGCCUUUACAGCCGGCAUUAUCGCUACCCUGGGAUUCAAAGAGCUGUAUCCCGAGCUCGAAUCCCGCUACCAGCACAAGAGCACCAGCCGUGUGAAUGAUCGCAGGAGAUCAAGUUUCUUCUGGGGAGCGCCGGUGAAGCUUGAGGAUCAUGAGCCGAAAUCUUCGACAUCUCGGUCCGCUGGAAUAGCAACAAAUGGCAUUGAAGGCUGCAUCGGCAACACGCCCCUCAUUGAAAUCCAGUCUCUCUCCGAAGCCACUGGCCGGAUUAUCCUGGCCAAAGCCGAGUUCCUCAAUGGCGCUGGAAACAGCCCCAAGGACCGAGUGGCUCUCAACAUGAUCCUGGAGGCCGAGAAGCAGGGCCUCUUAACGCCGCAUCAAGGCGAUACCAUCUAUGAAGGAACUGUGGGCAGCACAGGCAUCUCACUUGCUACCCUGGCCCGCGCAAAGGGAUACAAGGCUCACAUUUGCAUGCCCGACGACCAGGCAUUCGAGAAAUCGGAUCUUUUGAUUCAUCUAGGUGCAACCGUUGAGCGAGUCCCGGUGGCUCCAAUCACCAGUCCUGAUCAUUUUGUCAACUUGGCUCGAAGGCGUGCCAUUGAGCACACGCGAUUUUCCGAGGAUGGCAGCAAGGGCUUCUUUGCGAAUCAGUUUGAGACGGAAUCCAACUGGCAGGCCCAUGUCGUCAGCACAGGCCCAGAGAUUUACCAGCAGACAGACGGAAACCUUGACGCAUUCGUAGCUGGCGCAGGAACUGGCGGAACGAUAUCCGGAGUGGCAAGAUACCUAAAACUCGAGGCCAAGAUGAAGAAUGUCAAGGUCAUCCUAGCAGACCCUCAGGGGAGCGGACUGUAUAACAAGAUUAAGCACGGCGUCAUGUACUCGCCCACCGAGAAGGAGGGCACCCGGCGCAGACAGCAGGUCGACUCCAUGGUGGAAGGAAUCGGCAUCAACCGAAUAACCAACAACUUCGAAGUCGGCAGAGACUUGCUUGACGAUGCAGUCAAGGUGACCGAUGAGCAGGCGUGCCGUAUGGCUAGAUGGCUCGUGGAAAAUGACGGCAUCUUUGUAGGAAGCAGUAGCUCUGUGAACUGCGCCGCUGCUGUCAUGGCGGCAAUGAAGCUGCCCCCUGGGAGCCGGGUCGUUACCUUGUUGUGCGAUUCCGGAACCCGACACUUGAGCAAAUUCUGGAAGAAUAUCAAAGAGAUGGGCUUGGAGGAGGGGGAACCCACAGAUCUAUUUGCCGAACUGGGUAUAUCAAAGUCAUGA